AUGUCUGCUCCAUAUAUCCCUUACCGCCUCGACGGCAAAGUAGCUCUCAUUACCGGCUCCGGACGAGGGAUCGGCGCAGCUAUUGCUACUGAACUCGGUCGCUGUGGAGCUAAAGUUGUUGUCAACUACGCCAACUCUAAGGAAUCAGCAGACAAAGUCGUUGCUGAAAUCAAGUCGUUUGGAACUGAUGCUGUAGCCUUCAAGGCCAAUGUCAGGAAUGUUCCAGAGACCGCUAAGCUUAUGGACGAUGCUGUCGCUCACUUUGGUGGACUCGAUACUGUUGUCAGCAACUCCGGUGUGGUUAGCUUCGGGCACUUUGGAGAUGUGACUGAGGAGGAAUUCGACCGUGUGUUCAGCCUUAACACGCGCGGCCAAUUCUUCGUUGCACGUGAGGCAUACCGCCACCUCAAUGAGGGCGGUCGUAUUAUCUUGACCUCUUCCAACACGUCCCAGGACUUCAGUGUUCCUAAUCGCUCGAUCUACUCCGGCUCCAAGGGUGCUAUUGAGUCGUUUGUGCGGAUCAUGUGCAAGGAUGCCGGUAAGAAGAAGAUCACUGUGAAUGCUGUGGCGCCCGGUGGAACAGUCACCGACAUGUUCCACGGUGUUGCACACCACUACAUUCCUGGCGGAGAGAAAUACUCCCCUGAGGAACUCCAACAGGGGAGCAAUAUUGACUUUCCCUGA